CGAUUGGUCGGCUCGGCGGAGACGUCGUCGGGGGCGCGCCGGGGACGCCCGGAGGGCGGUGGCUCUCUGACCCGGCGGCUACGAAUAAAUGGCCGGGAGGUGCUGGCGGCGCGAUGCUGGGCUCUCCCGCGGACUCGGACCGGCCUCGGCCGUCGCUCGGAUCCUGUUUUCCUCGUCCCUUUGGCUUUGUCCCCCGCGGCUGACCGCGGACAGGGAGACAGCUCUUGGUCUCUGCCACCUUCCGCUCCCCUCUGCGGCUGCCCAGGCCUCAGGCGAGGGCCAGGUUACAUUUCACUCUGUCAUCUGUGUUUUGGACAUUGUCUCAUAAUGGAGUUCCCUGAUUUGGGGAAGCAUUGUUCAGAAAAAACGUGCAAUCAGCUAGAUUUUCUUCCGUUAGAAUGUGAUGCAUGUAAACAAGAUUUCUGUAAAGAUCACUUUACCUGUGCUGCACAUAAAUGUCCCUUUGCAUUCAAGAAGGAUGUUCAGGUCCCAGUGUGCCCACUUUGUAACAGCCCCAUCCCAGUAAAAACGGGAGAGGUCCCAGACGUGGUGGUCGGUGAGCACAUGGAUGGAGCUUGUAACCACCACCCCGGGAAGAAGAAAGAGAAGAUUUUCACGUACCGCUGCUCAAAAGAGGGCUGCAGGCGGAAAGAGAUGCUGCGGGUGGCUUGCGCCGAGUGUCGCGGCAGCUUCUGCAUUCAGCACAGACACCCUCAGGACCACGGCUGCACCCGCGGACGCCCCGCUGCCAGCAUGGCGGGGUGCUCGGCAGCAAGGGACUCGGAACCUGGGCCGUCGGGGGCUUCACGCGAGGGGCCGGGCGGCUGGCUGGCUCGGCGCUUCAGGUGGAGAGUAGAGCGUUGAUGUGACUGUGUCUGUUCAAACUGGCCUCUUUCCGUCCGUGAUUUGCACUUUGUGGAACUUUUAUGCUCUAGCACUUCCAUACUUCCCACCGCGAGCAGCUCUGCCCUGAGCUGAGCUGGUCAGGGGCUUCUUCACUUAAACCACCGACAGUGGAUCUCACUGUGUCUUCCUCACGUGGCAUCUGAGCCCAGGCACGGGGGCAGGACUACACCUACCCUGUUAGGGGUCCUUGUCCAGAGGUGGCCCCCAGCCCACCGCUCCUGUUUGACUGAGAGAACAGCCUGUGACCCUCUGACUGCAAGCAUUGGGGUGACACCGAGGGCUUUGGGGCCUGUCAGGAGCGCCGUCAUCUCCUGGGACCUCAGGGAACCGGAUGAAGAGAAAUGCCAUCCCAGGCAUAGCCCCAGGGGCACCCAGCUGUGCGCUCCAGACAUCCCACUGCUUGCGGAUUAACAAAAAUCCAAGCAGUUUCUCUUCCUUGUUUGGUUUCAUAGCCUCAAAAUAUAAUGGUUGUGACCAGCUAGAGGGGUAGGAUAGGGAGGGUGGGAGCGAGGUGCAAGAGGGAGGGGAUAUGGGGAUAUAUGUAUACACAUAGCUGAUUCACUUUGUUAUACGGCAGCAGCUAACACACCAUUGUAAAGCAAUCAUACUCCAAUAACGAUGUUUUACAUACAUAUAUAUAUAGUGGUUGGGGGGUGUAUUCAGUUCCCAUCCCACGGGCGGGUUAUCCAGCUCUUUCUACUCCCUGUCCUGUUGGUGGCGUUAGAUCUGGACCCGUGGUUGUCCAGGUGCACCAGAAUCGUGCGGGGCCUGGUAGAGCAGUGCCACCGCCCCCCACCCCACCCCAGCGGAGUUCCUGACGCUGUGGGUCUGGGGACUAUGUGGACGGAGCCCUUUCUGCGGUCCAGGGCCAGUGCAGCGGCCACUGGCCGCUAGGGAGCACGUGGAGCCGGCGUCCAGCGUAGCCGCAGAGCUGUCACCUGCAUUCAGUCAUUAGGAAGCCGUGUUGAGUAUGUCAGGAACAUGAAUAUGUGAAUCUGGUUUUUCAGCUGUAAAUUUUAUAAAAUCUAAGUACAGAUCAGGUCUUUCUCAAGUAAGGUUAAUGUCCAAAUUGAGACACUGGGUUUGGAAGUCAAUGCCAAAAAAAAAGUGAAAUAUCUCAUUGUUAAAAAUAUUUACAGGUCGAAAUAGUAUUUUGGAUAUGAUGGAUUAAAUAAAACAUUAAAGUGA